AUGGUAAUCAACACCCUACAGUCCCUGAACAUGGUAAUCAACACCCUACAGUCCCUGAACAUGGUAAUCAACACCCUACAGUCCCUGAACUUGGUAAUCAACACCCUACAGUCCCUGAACAUGGUAAUCAACACGCUACAGUCCCUGAACAUGGUAAUCAACACCCUACAGUCCCUGAACAUGGUAAUCAACACGCUACAGUCCCUGAACAUGGUAAUCAACACCCUACAGUCCCUGAACAUGGUAAUCAACACGCUACAGUCCCUGAACAUGGUAAUCAACACCCUACAGUCCCUGAACAUGGUAAUCAACAUGCUACAGUCCCUGAACAUGGUAAUCAACACUCUACAGUCCCUGAACAUGGUAAUCAACACGCUACAGUCCCUGAACAUGGUAAUCAACACCCUACAGUCCCUGAACAUGGUAAUCAACACGCUACAGUCCCUGAACAUGGUAAUCAACACCCUACAGUCCCUGCACAUGGUAAUCAACACAUGGUAA